AGCAUUCAAUGUUCGGUCCCAUGCAAUGGCAAUUUCAGUCUCAGACACUCCAAACCCACCAACCAAACUCACUGCCCCGACCGAAACCCACUGCGUUAAAUGCGAAUCUUGCGGUUUCACCGAGGAAUGCACCGUUGCUUACAUCAUGCGAGUCCGGGAACGUUACCAGGGCCGUUGGAUUUGUGGUCUAUGCAUCGAAGCCGUCAAAGACGAGGCCCUGAGAUCGGUGACGCUUAUCUCCACGGAGGAAGCGUUGGAGCGUCACAUUCGUUUCUGCGAGAAGUUUAGGGCGUGGAGUCCUUCAGAUGAGACGGAACAUCCUAUUUUUGCCAUGGGGAGGAUUCUUCGUCGAAGCCUGGACUCGCCCAGAGCUCUUAGAACUAAAUCGAGUAGCGAGUUGCCUGGAGUUGAAGGAGUGAAGCGCCCCCCUCCUCUGCUUCGAUCUGAAAGUUGUUUCUCAGCUCUUUCUACCUGAAUUAUAUUCUUCUCAAACUCAAGUUUAAAAUGGUAAAAAAAAAGAAGGGAAACUGAUGAACUCUUUUUCUGCAUCGGAUUGAUUGUUAUAUAGACUAGAUAUCUCUAAUGUUUCGGCAUCUGAAUUCAAUCGACUUUAUGUAUGACUUGUAUAUAGCAUAUAUGCUAUAUACAUCUGAUAUACUACUUCAGGUUUCAAAGUUGUCUUCUAAUCUAUAUUCUUGAACCUUGAGUGAGGAGUAUAUGAGCAAUAAAAGGUGGUUUGGUUUAGUUUGUGUUUUGUCUCGAUUUCUGCAUAUUGGGUAGAGAAAGCAAUCGUGUAGCAUGUGAUGAUUUAUGAAAAUGGUAAUGUUUGUGCUGGCUUUAUGAAUCAAAUUUCAGCUUGGCCAGCUGUGAAAAAUGGCUAAUGUGGGAAAGGGAUUAAAGAAAUGAUGGUAUAAAAGGUAAAGAAAGAAGAUGACAGAAUGAAAUAGCGAGGAAAUUUCCUGGAAACAAAGAAUGAUGUGGCAGAAGAGUAUUAUUUUCUUAAACUUUGUGUUCUGUGAUCUCAUUCCAUACCAUAAUCUGAGUCAUAGUGCAAAUGUGGUGAGCGAUUAUAGUAGCCAUCUGCAAGCAAAGAAGUUUCCGGACAUGUCCAGCCAAAUAUGAUGUAUAUACAUGUAUUAUUUUGAUUGGCUUCAGCUCUUGAAACAU